CAUCUUGCAUUACAACAUAUAAGAAGACUCCACCUCCAGUCCCACCCAGAACUACCACGAAACCUUUCAUUUCUAUCACAGCCCAGAGUAGCACAGAGUCCGCGCAGGAUGCCUACAUGGACGGACAAGGCCAGCGCGGAGACAUGAUCAGCCAGUCUGGCCUCAGCAACUCCACAGAAAGUCUGGACAGUAUGAAGGCUCUGACAGCUGCCAUCGAGGCCGCAAAUGCCCAGAUCCACGGCCCAGCAAGUCAACACAUGGGCAAUAAUUCUGCUGCUGUCACCACCACCACCACCAUAGCCACUGUUACCACCGAGGACAGGAAGAAAGACUUUAAGAAAAACCGAUGCCUAUCUAUUGGGAUACAGGUGGACGAUGCUGAAGAGCCAGAGAAGACGGGGGAGAAUAAGGCGCCCAGUAAGUUCCAGUCCGUGGGAGUGCAAGUAGAAGAGGAGAAAUGCUUCCGCAGGUUCACUCGGUCCAACAGUGUGACCACCGCAGUGCAGGCUGACCUGGACUUCCAUGAUAAUCUGGAAAAUUCCCUGGAAUCUAUAGAGGACAAUUCGUGUCCCGGCCCGAUGGCCAGACAGUUCUCCCGGGACGCCAGCACGUCCACCGUCAGCAUCCAGGGUUCAGGGAACCAUUACCAUGCCUGCGCAGCCGAUGAUGACUUUGACACGGAUUUUGACCCCUCCAUCCUGCCUCCCCCGGACCCCUGGAUUGACUCAAUCACAGAAGAUCCUCUGGAGGCCGUUCAAAGGUCCGUGUGCCACCGGGAUGGCCACUGGUUCCUGAAGCUUCUCCAGGCAGAGAGAGACCGCAUGGAAGGCUGGUGCCAGCAGAUGGAGAGAGAAGAACGGGAAAACAACCUCCCCGAGGACAUUCUAGGGAAAAUCCGAACUGCAGUUGGCAGCGCCCAACUUCUCAUGGCGCAGAAAUUCUACCAGUUCAGAGAACUGUGUGAGGAGAACCUGAAUCCCAAUGCUCAUCCAAGACCCACUUCCCAGGAUUUGGCGGGGUUUUGGGACAUGCUGCAGUUGUCCAUAGAAAACAUUAGUAUGAAAUUUGAUGAACUUCAUCAGUUAAAGGCCAAUAAUUGGAAACAGAUGGAUCCUCUUGACAAGAAGGAGCGAAGGGCCCCUCCUCCAGUGCCAAAGAAGCCGGCGAAGGGCCCCGCGCCGCUGAUCCGGGAGCGCUCGCUGGAGAGCUCGCAGCGCCAGGAGGCCCGCAAGCGCCUGAUGGCCGCCAAGCGCGCCGCGUCGGUCCGCCAGAACUCGGCCACCGAGAGCGCGGAGAGCAUCGAAAUCUACAUCCCCGAGGCGCAGACCCGGCUCUGAGCGCCAGCAGAGGACCACCCCGCCGCCCUGUCCGCGGCCGCCUCCCUGUCCCCUCCGUCUCUGAGCUCAGUGACCGCCACCGUGGUGGCGUAGUUGUCCACCUCGCAGGAGCCGUUCCCCAAGCCACCCCGCUUCCUGGACCACUUUGCCCACCUUCUCCACCGAGCUUCGCUCCCCUGUCCUGAAGCCUCAUGCAGACAUCCAAACCCUUUCUUUUCUGGGACAAGCAAACCCACCCGUGUAGAAAAAAAGACACCUGUAGGUCACUCACCCUCCUCGGUUCUUUCAAGCUAGUGUGUCCCUAGAACUCAGCAAUAUAAAACAUAGGGUAUUUCAGAAACCCAGUGUCACACAGGGUGAUCCUUAGAGACUUAACCGUCUUCCACGUGAAAGAAACGAGGGCUCUCGUCUCCGAUUCCCUUUAUUUGCCCCCCAAACGGUUAUUUUUUACAAGCAGACAGAGCGCUUUAUUUCUAAGUCUCAGAAAUCACACCAUCUCAUCGGAAUCAAUGGUGACCAAGAGAGAGGGAACCAAGCUGGCCUGGGGUAGGGGGCCUGGGAGUGAUGUAGGAGAGAAGGGCCAAGCGUGUGCGCGGGUACCCUGUAUCUAUCUGUACCUGUGCAGCUGUACAAACCGCCUCGCUGGUACUUCAUCAAUCACAGCUUCUCAUGUCUCAAUUCAGCAGAAGAUUGUAAACCCGAUCUUUCAGGGAAAUAUCUAUUCUGAAAGGCAAUAAAAUGAAGGAAAUCAAGGCAAAGGAAACCCCGAUGGUUUAAGAUCCUCUAUAAGGAAUCUAUUUAUUUAUCUUAUUAUUAAGAGAAUUUAGACCUGAAAUGUUUUAUCAACUUUUAUUGUACUCUGUGUAUUAUAAUGUCAUGGCAGUGGUUUUUAAGUGGGGGGAGGGGAAGGAGAAAGAAUUGGUUCUGUUAGUGUCCAUUCUGGUGGGCCCACUGAAAGAUGUCUCACACACGCUCGCUCUCUCUCCCUCUGUCUCUCUGUCUCUCUGUCUCUCUCUCUGUCUCUCUGUCUCUCUCUGUCUCUCUCUGUCUCUCUCUCUC